AUGGGUGAUCGGGGGGCUGAGCACGCUGCGCCUACAGAGCUGGAGGAGAUCACCAGCAGAAUCUCUGAUCUGACCAAAUGGAGAGAAAUCUUUAGUUUCCAUGGCUUGGAAGUCAACAGCACGACUCAUCAGGGAACUCCUUUUCCAAAGCAAGGACGGAGCAGUGCUGGCAAUGGACCACCCGGAGCCGGGGAGUCCCCAGGGUCGCAGCCACCCUCCACCAUCCCCCAGCCCCUCCUGCCCCCUCAGAGUGUGGGUGGCUGCCCCAUCUCCCUGGACACGGCAAUGAGGCUGCAGAAGCUGCUGUUCAGAAACAUGACCCCCCUCUUUAGCUUCGAGUGGGCAGCGGCGCACUUCAGGUUCCGCCCGCCACACUCCGAUCUGGCCUACGCGCUGGAGGCAGGAAAGGGAGGAACAAGAGCCAUUCUGGUGGCUGUACAAGCACACAUCAUCUCAUACCUGCUCUUCACAAGAGAGACAGAAUGUACUCAGCUGGAAAGGCUGUGCCGGGUCGGGCAGUGGGAGCAGGGGCAGGCACUGGCCACGGCUCUGGCAGAGACCCUGUGGGCAGCGGGAGGAGGUGGCAGAGCUGUCGUGUGCCUCAUCACUGCCCCUAUCACCAUGAUGCCACCACGUGAAGGCUACAGAGCCAACAGCUUCACAGAGAGAAUCCAGCUGUUUGAGUUCUCGGAGAAAGCUGCUGCUCAAGGGUUCAUCUCUGAUCACAUACACUGUUUCAAAGGUGAAGGAAGCCAUGGAGUGAUCCUAUUUUUAUACAGUUUACUUUUCUCUAGGACACUUGAAAGGGUCCAAGAGGAUUUGGGUGACACAGCUCCUCUGUUGAACAUCAGUUCUGGAAACAUCACCUGUACAGAGGCCGUGCUCAGCCUGCUCCUGACAGGACGAGCGAGCCCAUGGGAGCUCGGUGGCAGCCAGGAGCUGGAGUCCGGCACCGGGGAUGGGGAUGGCGAGGCCCCGUGGCAGCGGGGCCCCGUGGGCUUCCUGCGCUGGGAGCGGGCGCCGGUGGAGCGGCAGGUGAGCGCAGGGGCAGCGCCAUGGACAGCGGGACCCCCGCCAGGCCCCUGGGCUUGGCAGAGCCCAGUUCCUGCCAAGGGUCCCCGUGCCCAGGUGAGCCCCGGGCUGCGGACGCCUCGGCUGCCCGUGUGGCUGUGCAGCGUCUCGGGCAGGCACAGCGUGCUCUUCGGCACCGACAGCCGGCUGCUCUCCGACUGGAAAUCCGAGAGAAUUUUCCACCUGUACUUCUACAGUGGGCAGCAGGAGCAGACCCAAACAGCCCACCUGACGAUAGACACUCAUUCGCAUCACUGGGAAGAAGCUCAAAGAGAAGACCCCAGCAGCCCACGGAAGAGGCAUCCAGCCCUGGAGAUGGCAAUCAGGACCAAGUGGGCAGGUGCAACCGUCAGCUGGAAUGGGACAGACCCCUUCUUCUAAGGAGUGAGAAGGAUGGACCCCUGCUCCUGAAGGAUACUGGCAUCUCCCACACACUACCAACUCCACUGGUCACUGCAGUCUGUAGGACAAAAAACUCUCUCCCCAAUCAAACAGCCUUUGGUGCAUUGAAGGGACACCCUGUCCAUAAGGCAUCAUACCCACUGCAAAAGCGUGCACUGGAGGAACAGUGACUAGCAAACCU